GGGGGGAGAGUGAGUGAGUGUUGUAUGUGUGGCUUGGAUCUGUUAUGGGUGUGGGGAGGAGAAAGAAGACUCGUUCCCUGCCAGAGGAGGGCGGAUGAGGCAGGAAAUCCGCUCCAGCAGCAACAGUGGAAUUGAAAAAAGCCGUCUGCAAGUUAUUUUUUUUCUUCUUGGGGGUUUGCAAAGGCCGUGAGUCUGGCUUGAAAUGACCAGCGACGAGCGACUCGGAUCAUUAACUACUUGCUGGCCGCAGCGCUGAGAACCGCGGGGACUCGGACACAAGGCGUCUUGUACAUUUCGCCCUCGUUUGAAGGUGGAAGCCCCUUUAAAUCCGACUGGGGCAAGAAGAAAUCUCCCGUUGUUCAGCGGCUCCUGGCUGGUAAAUAUUGUAAACAGUCUCCUCCAUCGUUGUGGCUCACGUAGCAAACCUACUGAACCCGGAGUUACCACAAAGUUGGGAUCAAUCGCGGUCAGUGACGUUACCCAGUGCCUGUUGGCAUGUCAUCAUUGCAAAGUUACAACUUCCACUUUGGCCAUCGUUUGGGCCCAAAUCUGAGGUAACCUGAUGCUAUGAAGCUGUGGAGGGAUAAACUAGUCGAGGAGGAGAGGCGAGUGAUAGCCAAUAACCGUGAAUACAAUGAAAAGUUUGAGUACGCUAGUAACCGCAUCAAGACCUCAAAAUACAACGUUAUCACAUUUCUGCCUAUUAACCUGUUCGAGCAGUUCCAGCGGGUCGCCAAUGCAUACUUCUUGUUCCUCUUGCUCUUACAGUUAAUCCCGCAUAUUUCCUCGCUUUCCUGGUUCACCACGAUAGUGCCUUUAGUAUUGGUGUUAACAAUCACAUCGGUCAAAGAUGCCACAGAUGACUAUUUUCGCUACAAGAGUGAUAACCAAGUCAACAAUCGACAGUCUCAGGUGCUCAUCGAUGGCAAGCUGCAGAACGAGAAGUGGAUGAAUGUUCGGGUCGGAGAUGUAAUCAAAUUGGAAAAUGAUCAGUUUGUGGCAGCAGAUAUCUUGGUGCUCUCGAGCAGUGAACCUCACGGACUCAGUUACGUCGAGACGGCUGAGCUCGAUGGGGAAACCAACUUAAAAGUCCGACAGGCACUGACAGUAACGUCAGAGCUCGGUGCAGACAUGAGCCAAUUGGCAGAAUUUGAUGGCGAGAUCAUUUGCGAGCCGCCCAACAACAAACUGGACAAAUUCACCGGGACUCUGUUUUGGAAAGACAAGAAAUAUUCACUUAAUAAUGAAAAGAUGCUUCUGCGAAGCUGCGUUCUGCGAAACACAGGGUGGUGCUUUGGUCUGGUUAUCUUUGCAGGACCUGAUACCAAGCUAAUGCAGAACAGUGGACAUACCAAAUUGAAACGAACAAGUAUAGACCGUCUGAUGAACACCUUGGUCCUGUGGAUCUUCGGCUUUCUCAUCUGCAUGGGAACCAUUUUAGGAAUUGGAAAUUCCAUAUGGGAUACCGAAGUUGGAAAGAACUUCCGCAGCUACCUGCCCUGGGACCGAUGGGUAAAAAGCUCAAUUUUUUCUGGAUUUCUAAGUUUCUGGUCAUACGUAAUUAUCCUGAACACAGUUGUGCCAAUUUCGCUUUAUGUCAGCGUUGAAGUCAUCAGACUUGGACACAGUUACUUCAUAAACUGGGAUCGGAAGAUGUACUUUGCACCAAAAAACACUUCAGCUGAGGCACGGACCACAACUCUUAAUGAGGAGCUGGGCCAAAUAGAAUACAUCUUUUCAGACAAAACAGGAACACUGACGCAGAAUAUCAUGAUUUUCAACAAAUGCUCAAUAAAUGGGAGAGCCUAUGGAGAUGCCUAUGAUGAACUGGGCGGAAAAAUGGAGAUCUCUGAGAAAACCUGCCCGGUGGAUUUUUCAUUCAACAGUCUAGCAGAUAACAAGUUCAGGUUUUACGACACCAGCCUGGUGGAGGCGAUAAAGCUGGGAGAUCCGUCAGUGCACGAGUUUUUUAGGCUGCUCGCUCUCUGCCACACGGUCAUGUCAGAGGAAAAAAGCGAAGCUGAACUUUGUUACCAGGCGCAGUCGCCCGAUGAAGGGGCCUUGGUCACCGCUGCAAGGAACUUUGGUUUUGUCUUUCGAUCUCGAACCCCAGAAACCAUCACCAUCAACGAGAUGGGCAAACAGGUCAUCUACCGCCUGCUGGCCAUCUUGGACUUCAACAAUGUGCGAAAGAGGAUGUCUGUGAUAGUUCAAAAUCCUGAAGGGCAAAUAAGACUUUACUCAAAGGGAGCUGAUACCAUAUUGUUUGAAAGGCUUCAUCCAUCCAAUGAAGAAUUGAUGUAUGUGACCUCGGAUCACCUCAGUGAAUUUGCAGGGGAGGGAUUGCGGACGUUGGUGCUUGCCUACAGGGACCUGGAUGAAGCUUACUUCAAUAAGUGGCAGAAAAUGCACUACCACGCCAGCACCGCUCUGGAGAACCGUGAUGAACAGUUGUCUGCGUUGUACGAGGAUAUUGAGCAGGACAUGAUGUUAUUAGGAGCCACUGCAGUGGAAGACAAACUACAGGAAGGAGUUUCUGACACAAUUGCCAACCUCACCCUGGCCAACAUUAAGAUUUGGGUACUGACUGGAGACAAGCAAGAGACAGCGGUGAACAUUGGUUACUCAUGCAACAUGCUAACAGAUGACAUGAAUGAGAUAUUCAUAAUAUCUGGCCGCACAGUUCUCGAAGUCCGUGAAGAAAUUCGAGCAGCGAGAGAGCAAAUGCUGGGGAAACCUAUUUGCAAUGGACACGUUUUCCCUGAAAAGAAUGGACCGUCGCAGUUGAGAUCGGUGGUUGAAGAGACCGUGGUGGGAGACUUUGCGCUGAUUAUUAACGGGCACAGUUUAGCACAUGCACUGGAGGCAGACAUGAAGCAGGAGUUCCUGAACUUAGCCAGCAUGUGCCGGACGGUGAUUUGCUGCAGGGUCACGCCGCUGCAGAAGGCUCAGGUGGUGGAACUUGUCAAAAUGUACAAGAAAGCUGUCACCUUGGCGAUAGGUGACGGAGCAAACGAUGUCAGCAUGAUUAAAACUGCACACAUCGGAGUGGGUAUCAGCGGUCAGGAAGGCAUGCAGGCCGUUCUGGCCAGCGACUACUCCAUUGGACAGUUCAGAUACCUCCAAAGACUUUUGUUGGUCCAUGGGAGAUGGUCCUAUCUACGGAUGUGCAGGUUCCUCUACUACUUUUUCUACAAGAACUUUGCAUUCACCCUCGUUCACUUCUGGUUUGGUUUCUUCUGUGGCUUCUCUGCGCAGACUGUGUAUGAUCAGUGGUUUAUAACUCUGUACAACAUAGUUUACACAUCUCUUCCGGUGCUGGCCAUGGGUAUAUUUGAUCAGGAUGUCAAUGAACAGAAGAGUCUGGUAUACACAAGGCUCUAUGAACCUGGACAACUGAAUCUGCUUUUCAAUAAGCGGGAGUUCUUUAUCUGCAUCAUCCAUGGAGUCUAUACGUCUAUUGUCUUGUUCUUUGUUCCAUACGGAGCAUUUUGUGAUUCAACAAGGGAUGAUGGGCAGCAUCUUUCAGAUUAUCAGUCGUUUGCGGUUACCGUGGCAACAUCCCUAGUGAUGGUAGUCAGCGUGCAGAUUGGGCUUGACACUAGCUAUUGGACAGCGGUCAAUCACUUCUUCAUAUGGGGCAGUGUGAUGGUUUAUUUUUCCAUCUUGUUUGCGAUGCAUAGUAACGGACUCUUCUCGAUAUUUCCAGGCCAAUUCCCGUUUGUUGGAAAUGCUCGGAAUUCCCUGAUCCAUGUCACUGUGUGGCUGAUUAUAAUCGUAACCACGGUGAUGUGCAUCAUACCAGUGGUGGUGUUCAGGUUCCUGAAAUUGGAUUUGAAACCAAGCUUAAGUGACAAGGUGCGAUACAUGCAACGGGCAAGGAAGAAACUGCGGCCGACCACGCACCGCAUGCGGCGAGUGAACCGCACCAGUUCGCGGAGGUCGGGCUACGCCUUCGCCCACCAGGAAGGCUUUGGCGAGCUGAUCACUUCAGGACGCAACAUGCGCUUCAAUAACCCGUCGCCGGCCUUGACCGGCAGGUUCAUGCUGAGCAGCACCAGCUGGAUCGAGAACCUGCGCAAGAAGACGACGGAUGCCGUCAGCAUGAACAGCAGCGAGAAAAAUGUAAAACUGUAGGGCCUCAGCUCUGCAGCGGAAAGGGUGCUUCUCCUCACUUUAUACCUGCCCAUGGUGUACACUGCGCUGCAGACCUCGAUAGAGCUUGAACCAAUCACCUGGUGAAAAGGCACAGUGAACUCUCCUUUCGUGGAGCCGUGGCAUAUUAAUGUUAUAAAAGCUGCCCGCUGAUUAUAGUUACAAGGUGGACUCUCUCCUCUCUGGCAAGAUGGUUAACAAUGGUUCAAUGGUUAGAAUAUCUUCUGCUGUGAACGUGGGGAUGAACGAACGUCCAGUUGAAGCACUUGUUCGUAUAACCGUUGACAUCCCCAUUACGGCACAAGCUUGUGUUCCCACGCUGUAAAUAUUUUUUUACCCUUUUUGGUCAACAAAACAUUUUUUUACAAAUCAAAACAAACAAUGGUUGCAAUGAUUCAUGCUGCUCAACCUAAAUAGACGUUUGCAAGCAAGAUCACAGAGCUUUUGAAAAUGGAGGAUUUACUUUGCAACGUAUAUGUAAUAUAAAUCUUUUUUUUUUCACUUCAGGGCCCCAAUUUAUAUUGUAUUCUGUCUAAGAAUGUUACUCUGUGGUCCUGUUGCUGUGCCCUCAUUUGAGGAACUAGUGCCUUUUCAAGGUCUCCUUUCACGAGGAGACAAUUGAUUUAUAUCUGAAUGUAUGUAUAUUUUUUUGAAAACCUUACUCUGCAAUUACAAACACCUACUGCUUUUGACGGUUCGGUAAACAGUCACAUUUUCACGAUCUUUCUUCGGUGAAAUACAAUGGUAACCCAUGCAAAUUGUUGGAGUAUAUCUGCAAUACGUUUUCUCCAAGCCAGUGCUCGAUUCAGUUAUUCCGUAGAUUAGGACCACAUUUUUUCCGAAAUGGAAAAAUCAAAGCGGGAAUGUCUGUUUUAAGACUUUUGGAUUCAUUUAUCUGCUUGCUGUUUUUCUUCCCUCGUUCAAAUGCAUCGUUACUCCGAUGCUGCUUUUAAUUUCCAGUUAUGUUUUUAUUUCCCAUUUCCAUCCUCGAGAGGGUUUUGCUUUCCAGUCAAUUACUCAAGAAAAGGGAAAACACACUCCCUUGACAUCAGUCUGAAGAAGGGACUCGACCCGAAACGUCACCCAUUCCUUCUCUCUAGAAAUGCUGCCUGUCCCGUUGGGCUACUCCAGCUUUUUCUGUCUAUACUCGAGAAAAGGAUUGACUUUGUGUUGAAAACAAACUGUUUCUUUUUUUAUUGCUGUGUGGCAAAUUUGGGAGGCAAAAUGUCCUCAGGAUCUUGAGAUGCGUAGCACCAUGUGAUUGGGGUCUUGACAUAAAACCUACGCAUUGAAGUUAUCGCAUUACUCAUUGUAAACACUUUUGCAAUCUCCUGUACACUCUCCCAAUUCCUGAUCACUGGGAAAAGAAGGACAAACCUGUGGUUCCAUUCGUGCUCAUGUUUCCAAUAUACUUCUCCGCUUACAGUAUCAUUUGCACAUGAAUGUUUUAGUAACAUUUGGAUGGGAACAUGGAUCGGACAGGUUUCGAGGGAUAUGGGCCAAACACAGGCAGGCGGGACUAGUGUAGAUGGGGCAUGAUGGCCGGUGUGGGCAAGUUGGGCCGAAGGGCCUGUUUCCACGCUGUAUCACUCUACGACUCUGUGAGCUGACUUGUCACUUUGUCAUAUCAUUGUUUUCACUCUUUAUCCUCCAGAGCCUUACGAAUUCUCAAUCACAUCAUCUCAAACAAUUGAGGAAGGUUUAGUGCUGAAGCCUUGCCUGGUGUAAAUCAACCUCUGACUCUUAUGGGACAAAAAUGCUAUAAGAAUUGAAGAGACAAAAAGGGUCCAUGCAUCAAUUCAACACAACAGCCUUAAAUCAAUCAUUUCCUAUUAUCUCUAUAACUGACCAACUGAAUUCAAUCCUUUAAUCGUGACAAAACUGCCAUGUCUAUAUGCAAAUUUAUGUACUCUGUGCUUACUGGUAGCAAAUUAUAUAUUGUAAUCCUUUGUUUUAUUAGUUCAGGUCUCACAAAAAUAAUGUCUAGUAGAUUACAAAAUAUCAGUAUCAUCUUGAACUGU